AUGGAUGCACGAUCUCGCAUAAGUGGACCUUAUACUGAAGGAACAGCUGAAUAUGUUCGACAUGGUGGUCGAUAUGCAUUAGCUACAGCUGUUCUUGAUAGCAUUGUACUUGUAUUUGCUAUUGUUAUAGCAUUUCUUCUACGAGCAUCAGAUAUAUUUCCUGUUCGACAACAACGUUUUUUAUGUGAUGAUGCUCGUUAUUAUCAAUCAUAUGAAGAUGCUAAUACAGAACGAAAUUAUAUAAUACUUUCGAAUCUUACUCUAUAUAUUUUAUGUUUAGCUGUUCCAAUUCUUACAAUUUCAAUAAUUGAACUUAUACGUUCAUUUAUAACAUAUAAUUCUUAUCGAGCUCGUUUUGCUAUUCGAUUUAAAGAAUGUCUUAUUCGAGCAUUAGCUCGUAUUCUCAAAUAUACUUCUGUAUUUAUCUUUGGUGCAUUAGCAACUACUGUUCUUACAGAUAUUUUAAAAAUUAUGUCAGGUCGUUUAAGACCUUACUUUUUAACUUUAUGUAAUCCAGAUCAAGUAUCAUGUAAUGGGAUGGGUUUAACUGAUGCUGAAUUUGUAUGUCUUUCAAGGAAUAUGACUGGAUUAUUACGAGAUGCUAGACUUUCUUUUCCAUCAUUACAUGCUUCAUUGUCAAUGUAUAGUGCAAUAUUUCUUGCAAUUUAUCUUCAUCAUGGAAUACGUAUUGAACGUGUUCGAAUUGUUAAACCAUUUCUUAUUUUAUCAAUAAUUACAUUAUCAAUUGUAGCUGGUGGUGUUCGAUUAGCUAGUAAUAAAAAUCAUUGGGAAGAUGUUGCAUUUGGAUUUGCAUUAGGAGCAAUGAUUGCUACUUAUUUAAUGAAAACUCUUCGAUCAACAAAACCAUUUGUUGGAACACCAUUAGCAAAAGUUGGAAAUUAUGAUGAUUAUCAAAGUUAUGUUGAGGAUCAUGUACAAUAUAAUAAAGAAAUGGAUGCAACAUAUGCUCCAGGUAUGGAUGCUGUUUAUCAAACAACAGGUCAUAGUGUAAGUGGUCCUGAACAAUUUUCAUUACAACCGAGUGCAUCACAAGGUCAUAUAGCUGGUGGUUUUGCUCGUCAUCGAUACGAUUUGAGAACUCAAAUGCAGCAACAACAACAACAAGCAGCAGCUGCUCUUGCUGCUCAACAGAUUCCAUUAGAUAAGACAGGUGCUGUAGUCGGUCGUGGAGAAGCAACUAAUGGUGUUGUACAACACCUUGUUCAUCAAAUUCAACAUCAACCACAUACAUCAACAAGUAGUCAACGUGCAAGUACAUCAAUGAGUGCAUUUAGAUAA